AAACUAUGUUUGUAAAAAUGAACGCUUCCUUCUUUUGUAUGUCCACCUGUCACCAGGAGGGGUCUAUGGACAGCCUGUACGAGGCGGUGCAGAGCUCCACCGACGGCCCGGCCCCGCCCAUCCCCAGCCGCUCAUCCAGCCGCUCCUGCAGUCGCUCCUGCAGUCCAGCAGUGCUGCUGGAUGACAACACAAAGUGGAGAGGCUCUGGAAGGUCUAUAUCCAUGGAUAUGCAGCAGACACACAGGGCCAACUCCAAUAGAAGGAAUAGAAGAACACACAUAUCAAAGUCCCUGUCAGACAAUGAAACACUGGAUAACCCCGGCUGUAAUGCAGCGUGGCAGUGCGCCAGGAGCCGAGAAGAUUUAAUCCACAUCACCAACAAUCACAACGAAGAGAUGAGAAAGCCUAAGCACCGAACAGACAAAAAGGGAGGAAAGGGAGGACAUCGUAACGGCACAAAGAAAAAAGAAAAACAACAAACAAAUCAGAGUUUUCAUAGCAACGGAGUGAUAACAGAACCCAAAUCUGCUGCCAAAAAGAACCAAAAGAACGGAAAGAAACCAGGAGGAAGGAGUGGGAAAGAUGUGUCCAAGAAAAGUCACAACAACAGAGUGAGUUCCCCACCAAAAACAAUGAGCCCACCCUUGGAACCACAGUAUUUGGACGUGCCAUACACAUCUAGACCAGAUAGGAGGUUGUAUCUGGGCAAAUCCUCCACCCUCCCCACCCCGGACAGCUCAAACCCGGGGCGCUGUGUGGACAUGGUCAGCCUACCUGGAGGAGCGACACCCACCCACCACCAGCGCUGGAGCAACCCAGGGGACAGCAGCCCUGCCUGGGGGACCAUAGAGCACACCUGCUGCCGGCCCCUCACGGAGUACCGCAUGCUCCCCCAUGAAUUUGCCGCCCUGCAUGGAAAGGAAUGGGAUGGGAAGCAACAAUCAGUGAUGGACCAGAAUGGAAGCCUAAAACGGAGCUGUCAGCUUCAACCAAAGGUGCCACGGUCUGUCACGGAGGUGGAUCUGUCAGAGCCAAAUAGCCAGGAGUCUGGGAAGUCAUAG